AUGAGAUGUGAAGCACGAGGACUACGCGGCGUGGAGCUGGCAGGAGCGAAGGCGGAAGUUAAGAAGCCAAAGCUGCCGAAGGCGGUCGCAGGGGCGGCGGUAGCUCGAGGGGGCACCUGGCGGGGGCCGCCUGAGAUGACGACCCUGCGACGGGGUAUCGUGGCACCCCGGUACAACACUUACGUCCUGGUUUCGCUGAUCGGACUAUUGCUUCAGACCCAGUCCGCCACGGGCGGCAUAUGCUGGUCUUCCAUCAGUAACGGUCGUUGUAAGGAAUUGUUGUCACAAGGAGUGACGAAGGAAGAUUGUUGCGCGUCGAACGCAGCGGCAGCGACCGCAUACUCCGAGGAAGACCUCGAUAGUGGAAGUCUCUUUUUCUGGAAGGUACUUGGAGGAGGUGUCCAGUGUCGUCCUUGCAGAGAAAGCUGCACGGAAGUAAGGUGCGAGGAAGGGAAGAAGUGCGUGGUGCGUAGAGGAAGACCAAGGUGCGUGUGCAGUCCUGAGUGCAAGGCACCGAGAGGAGGAGGUCCAGUUUGUGGGACAGACGGCAAGAGCUACAAAAAUUUGUGCAGACUGAAGAAACGCGCUUGCAAGAAGGGAAGCCACGAACUAGCGGUUGCCUAUAACGGCCACUGCCAAAGUUCGUGCGCACGAGUCCGGUGCGGCCAAGGCCGGAGCUGCGUGCUGGACCAGAACCUGAGCCCGCACUGCGUGAGGUGCGCCCGCAGGUGCCCCCAGCCGCCCCCGCAACAGCGAGCCGCCGCACGCCCCGUUUGCGGGGCCGACGGAAACACCUACAAGAGUGCCUGCCACCUGCGACUUGCCGCCUGCCGCGCAGGUCGCGCCAUUCCCGUCGCCUAUAAGGGCCACUGCAAACAGAACGCAGACUGUACGACGAUUCGUUGUCGCGAGGGGCAGACGUGUCUAUCGGAGAUGAAGUCGGGCCGACCACGUUGCGUGACCUGUACCUAUCGUUGUCCCCGGAAGCGGGAGCGCGUCCGGAACCGGACACACCGUGAUCGAGAUCCAUCGGCGACCAUGUUGUGUGCCACCAACAAUAUCACCUAUCCAAGCUGGUGUCACAUCGUCAAGGACGCCUGCGCUACCGGCUUCGUCCUCGAGACGCGACACGCCGGCCCCUGCAACGCCUACGACACCUCUCCUCUCUAUAUCGAGGAGGACAACACCUCGAGCAACUACGGCGUCGAUCUGGCGGAUGAGGACGCGAGAUUCGAGGACGCCGAAUCCCUCUCGUACAACGGGCAGACGCAUCGUUCAUUGGCGUUGUCGUAGCGCGCGAUCGAUCGAUCGAUCGGUCGAUCCUGUUCGCCAACACGACACGAGUCGUAGAUUUCUCCAUAGGUGCUCGCUCGAAGGAACCACGCGGAUAGGUGAAACGUAUCGCAAACGGAGAGAUAUCCUCCGAUCCAUUCGCGAAUCCACGAACGAUCCACGCGGAUAAUCGAAAAGUAAUCAGAUAAAAUUCAUUCGUUCGCGGAUCUAAGUGGCCGAUCGAAGAAUAAUAAGUUAAAAUUCAUCAAUUCGCGGAUCUACGAACGAUCGACGUGGGCGAUCGAAUAAAAUCGAUCGAAGAAUAAAAUUCAACGUGAAAGAAUCAGACGACUACCGCGUCCAAUUCUCUAGAACCGAUCUAGAUCGUAUUAAGGAAAUGUCACGCGAGAUAUCGUGUGAAUUUCCGCUCGAACUUCCGGAGAACUCGAGGAACCACGCGUAACAGACAUGUUCGCGCUUCCUCUUCGCAGGUUACACAAGAGCGUACAUAUAUGAACGCCAUUAAAAUCGCGUGGAUGCACGAGCGGCGAGAUUCGUGCCGGAUAAUGUAGAUUAAGGGCAGAUCAGUAUUCUUUUCUCCGUUUUCGGGAGGAUUUCGAGGUUUCGCAGGUUCGUUCGCGUACAAGUGACGAUUUCUUUUUGUUUUUUUUUUUUUUUUUUUUUUUCGAAAGGAAGCGGAAAACUGGCGAAUCGAGACUAAUUUAACACUUUCGUGAUCGAAGCGCGCGAUUUGCUACCAGUCGGGAGCCAUUCGCGCAGGUUUGUAUCUAUUGUCUCGGUGUACAUAAAGUAUUUCACGAGUUUGACGCAGACAAUUGUGUAAGAAAUUGAUUAUUUCUCAUUUUGAGAACGUUUGAUAGUGUUGCCGGUUGUUCGAAUAGAAAAAUAUUUGAAUUUUUUUCAUUUCCAUAGUACUAUCUGUGAAAAAAGUAUUUUAGAAGUAUCAUUGGUGAAUUUAAUAGAAAGAUAAAGUGUUUCUCCGAUGUUUUUAAGAGUACAAUGUUGGUGUAUCGGUCGAUGAAAAUCACUAUUAUAAUAUAGAUAGUGUACGAAUUAAGCGAAGUUGUAAAUUGCUGUAAGUAUUGUUUCGUCAUCUGCUUUCUUUCUUUUGCCUUUUUAGCGUUAUUUUUAUUCGGAUCAGUUUUAAUCGAUAAUGUACCACAGUGUUCUUUUGUAUUAAUUUAUUAUAAUGUUAAUUAAUUUAUUGUUCGAAAUAAUAUGAAUAAACGAAGUCUGAUUGGAAAAUCGUGUUCAAAACUUCAACAUAAUACCAGCUUUUUAAUUUUCUUAUUUUAACAGGAUACACAGUGUAACGUGAACUUUUAUUACCAACGCGUACAUGAAAUACAUUUAUAUCGUACAAAGAUAGUAACGCGAUACAAGUCAAGUACGUUAAAAGUAAGCUUGUAAUAUUAUUAUUAUUUUCAAUGUUUUCAUUCAUGCACGUUUUUAGCCACGACUGCCGUUUAAUAUUGUAGAAUUCUGUACAUAGCACGUUUACUUUAUGUUUAUACAUUAUUUCUUAACGUUAGGAUCGUAAAUCUGUCAUCGAUACUAAAGAGUAACAUUUACUAAUCCAGCAACAUUCAUUCACUAAUAUCGUUUAAACUGUCUCGUUACAUGUAUCGUAAUAAUAAUCCGCUUUAACCAACUACAGCCAUACAAUUGUAUUGGCUCCUGACGAUGUAUCUAACAUUCGUUUUCAUAAAAUAAUCGCGAAAGUGUUAAUGACGUCGAUGAGUAAUAACUAUUCAGCAUCUUUUCGAGAAAACUUUCAAAUUAAUCAAUCCAUGUGCUUACUAUGGUUCGACGAGUAUUAUGUAAGUAGAUCAUUUUACGAACUCAAAGAAUACGAAACUAAUCGGAAAGCUUAAACGACUUAAGCAAGUUUCGCAGGACUAAUCGUUAGACCGAGGAUUUUUAUGCAUUUCUGAAAAAUUUAAAGAUGUAAAAAUACACAGAAAAUAUAUAAAAUAUUCAACUAAUUCUCCGCUUAGCUUCCAUUUUUCUAGUCGUGUUUAUAAGAUAUGAAUUUGCAUAAAUAUCCACAGUCUAUUAAUCACAGUCACUUCAUACAAAUAUCCAGACGGCCGAAUUUAUCUUUACGAUUUUAAUUCGCAUAACUGGCUGGCUAUCGUUACAUCGUCCAAACUAGUUACACUUUAUUGAAAUAUUGCUUCUUCGUUAACACAUCGUGGAUAACGUUGGCCAUUAAUCGCUUAAUCUCUUGCCUUAUAAUAUCGUGUGACACUCGUGAUACGGAUUAUGAUCGAUAUUUAACAAAGGCACGUUGUAUUUUCCAUUCUAAUUUUAAUUUCAUAGAUAGAUUGGCAAUUUCAUAAUUAUCGAUUAACGUGAACUGAACGAAAAUAAAGUAAAUAAAUCGCGAGGCAAGGGGUUAAGAUUAAAUCACGAAAAUAUGAUCAUAUCGAAGCGCGUAAAUGCUAUUGAAGGUUCUAGCGCAAACGUUGUUCGAAGAAAACCAGGCACAACGAUGGCUGAAUAAAAUCUUACAGGUUAAAACUGAAUGCAAUAAGGAAAUUGCAGGUAUCGUAUACCGGCGACGUUCAGUUAGAAAAUAUUUGUCCGUGAUAAAACUCGCCAGGUAGUCGCACAGCGCGCAUUAGAAAAGUUACGGGAAUUUUUCACUGAAAUUGCGUCCUUGAAGAGGAAGGAAGAAAAUAGAAAACCGGUGUGGGGACAUGAUGUAUGCAUGAAUAUUUAUCCGUUACGAAGUUAAUAGAGUAGAGCGGUCGAACGAUAAAAAAGAUUUUCCAAAAGGGGCAAGAAAGACUGAAAAGCGGAGAGUAAAAUUAAAUUUAACGAAGCUUAUGGGAUCGAUGGUAAUUUAUGAAAUUACAGUACGCGAUGUGUUAAUGGAUUUUAUAGCGGAGAUUUUAAUUUCAUCUAAAAGAGAAUGGGUGAUGUUUGAUGGUUUUAUUUAUUUAUUUAUUGUAACUCUUUCUAUGUGGAAUUAUUUAUUCUAAUUUGUGGAAUUUAUCAUCUAUUAUUAGUUCUUGUUGAGCAUGUUUGCCUGUUUUCUUUGGUUAUAUAAUUAUCAAUGUUGAAGCUUGGAAUAAUUUUAUAAAAUUGAUGAAGGUUCAUUGUGAGAAAAUGUUUUCCAGAAAAAAGAAGGAUAAUAUCUCUACUCUAAAGUAACAGAUAUUUAAUUAUGAGAAAUUAAAAUCGAAAGUUCCAUCAUCUUAAAAUUUAGCUUACAUUUUUUGUAAAGAGAAAAUGCUGACUUCGAAAUGCGAGUUACUUUCUAAAAGAUUCUGGUCGAGUUUAUGUCCCUUUCCUUUUAAAAUUCAGAUAGAAGAUCAAUUCUGAACGAAUCAGUAUUAUUCAAUUUUAUGUGAUGCAAGCAUAUACUAUGUGGAAUCAUAAUAAACGACCAAACCGAAUCAGGAUUAACUCACAAGGAUCAUUUGUUAACGAUGACUAGCAUCCAUUCAUUUCGUAUACUAAAGAAGCAAAAACUAAACACAACAAGGAUUACAAAUUAUCAAAACAGUACGAUUUUUCCAAAUUUCGUAGCAGUUGAAAAAUUUUCUUAAAAAAUUUACAGCUUCUCUCGCUUCUUGGUCUUCGAUGAGUUAAAUAAUAUUUUUUUUUUUUUUUCGUCAAAUCAAUAAAAUUUCAUUCCACAUUCAACGUAAUAUUAUACGAUAUUUCUGACUCUUAAAUGAUAACCAGAAUUCGAUAUUGAUAUCGUUUCAUUUUCACUACCGUGUAUGUAUCAAUAAUUUUAUCCGCAUCGACCAGAAACCACUUUGUGCUCAGAAAUGGCAUUUAACGAUCGUGCGUUUAAGUUACGUGUUCUUAAAUACAUGUACAAUAUUAGACAGACCAUAUCUUCGAUAUCAGACAGCACCAUUUCCAAUCGUUUCAAUGCCUCCAGUCUGGCGCCAGUAGAAUUCCCAUAAUAUUCGUACUUAAUUUAUGUUAGUUUUACGACUUGCGUUAACAGCUCUGCUUAUUCGCUUACGUUAACAGCUCUCUGCUUAUUCGCUUGCGUUUUAUUGGUUAUAGUUACGUAUCUCGCAUUUUUUCCGAUAUUGUCAACGUGUAUCAUUUUUCAACACUAUGACCAGGUUAGUUAUCAGCUACUAUGUGAUUAAAUUAAUAGGAAUAUAGAGGAAGAAAAAGAUUCAUGAAUAAGACAAUUUAACGAAGAAUGAUAGAAUGGUUCUGAUUAAAUCAUUAAUACGCUAUUUCAGCGUAUGAUUUUCUUCGAAUGGCUAGUUAAAAUUAAACGAGUUUCUUUUU